AUGGCUUUUGGAAUUCGACGAGCUUACCCCACCCCUAUUGUCAAGCCCCUCUGGCCCUACGCCGUUGGUGGUGUCAUUACCUUCUUCCUCUUCGCCAAGGCUGCCAACGCCUCCAUGAACACUGAGGAGUUCAUCAACGACCCCCGAAACCCCCGAUUUAAGGCCGGUGGUGUCAAGGAGGAGCACUAA